GUCUGGAGUGAGACCAUCCGGUGGAUGAUGCGUACCGUAUGCCGCUGCCUGCACCCUGCCACCACCACCAUAUCAAGCAAGCAGCUGACGCUACACUCACGACUGCGAACGAGGUAGAGGGCGACGAUUGCCAAGGGACAGCGUCGGUCUAAGCGCUACAUUCAAGAUUGGCGUGACUAUCGCCGCUGCCAAUGUCUCGCGCAGAUUCUUCACGCUCCCGCGACUCUGCGGCUGGAAGCUUGCCAAGCAACGCGGGCCGUCCGAGCCAUGUAGCAGCGCUCGCUAGGAGUUGGCCUCCACCGCGAACCGCAUCCAGCACUACCUCGCGAUCCAGCUUUGCUCGACCUAUAGCACCAACAGCUCGGGUGCAUAGUCGAAUGGAAAAGUUCGAGAGCGGAAUGGCGCGAUCCUCAGCAUCAUCUGGCAGCAGACCUGGCCCUCCGCCAUUGCCGCCCAACCGCGCUCCGAGUGCCAGCAGGCCAAGUUCCCGCAAUCUGGUUGCUUCUCCAGCUGCUCCGGUACAUCCCUGGUCUCACCGUCCGACUCCGUCUCGGUCAUCGGCCUCCGUCUCUGCUAGGGGCAGUGCCCAUCCUUAUCCACGUCCUGACGAGCGCGUAAGCUACCAUCACGCUCCUCCCGCGCGUUCGGCUCAUCCACAAGUCCAUCCGUACUAUGGCGCCAGUCCCAUGCCUGAGGCGGUCGCUAGAGCGUACGAGCGUCUCGUGUCUCAGUCGCCCGCUCCAUCGGAUCGCAUGGGUUAUGGCCGCUCGGUCUCUGUUGUCUCGUAUACCGACGGGGCAGGUGUCGGACAGUCAGCAUACUAUGCGGCGCAACAUGAUACUCCCCACCGCGCACACGCUCAUUAUGAGCUCCGCUCGCAUCCUGCACACGCUUUGGCCAUGACUCCAAGCAGGGCCCGCACCGCAUCAAGCAUGGCCCAUCAUCAGCACCGCGAGCAAGCGAGUGUGCAGCCGGUCUCUACAACUCCCCAACAUCGUGGCAUGACCAGGCAAGAUCUGGCAUUUGUCUUGGGCGCUGCGAGGAGAGGAGCCAGCGUCACGCCAGCCAUGAUCAACUCGCCGGUGGGCUUGUCACGCGCUCCUGCCCAAAUGUCCGGAGCGAAUAGAUUGUUUGCAGUGCAAGGAAGUCCCAAGCGGCCGGCUGCGGACGCUGCAAGCAGUCCUUCUUCCUUGACUGCGGAUAGGGCUGCCCACACAUCCCGGGAUCACCGCCAAAUACAGCAAGCUGUUGCAGCGUCGAGUUCCACAGAGGCGCAUGCCGGUAAUGCCGCCAUCCGCGUUCUCACCCGGCAGGUGAUUGACGAUGCAACGCCCAAUCUCGAUGUGCUCGCGGUCGAAGUUCCUCAAGCUCUCGACGCGCAAGAAGCGGAUGCUGGUAUUGGCGAGGUGGCUGAUGCUACCAAUGCCAUUGCGUCCUCUCAAAACCUGGCCAAGGAGACAGCAAGAAGCUCUCUCCAGCUUGAGAAGACUGUCGAUGAUGGCGAUCACGAAAUUGAGGAGGCUUCGGAGAGAGUUAAGACUGUUGGAGAGGAACGCUCUGCUGCACACCUCCCUGAAUCUGAGCCAGAGCCCGAAUUAGAGGACACCUCCAUCUCUCGGGAUCAGCCUUCGGGCUUCGCCAGGACAUUAAUCGCGAUCGACGUACCGAUGGCCAUCGAGCAACCGCAGAGAGCUGCAAAAGCAUCCAAACUCACCCAGCGGGACGAGGCGGCGGCCCGGUCGGAACUACCGCCCACUCAGGUGCGACAGACAGACACCCAGCCGAUUCAAUCUGGUCGCGUGCCCGCGCCAGCAGCUAAGCCAAGCGUCGCGCUAAGCUCAUGGUUCCUCACGUUGGUAUCGCUGCGUCGAGGUCCAUCAAUCAACGACAGAACGGGGAAGCUGUCAUACUGGUUCUACGUUGAAGGCGUCAGGAUGAAUGCCGAUGGAGAUGAAGAACAAUGGCACUCCUCAUUCGUGCAUGGACGUAAGGACUCUCGCACUGUGAACACCACUAGCGGCAGUCUCUACACUCUAAUUGGGCCCAUCAAUCGAGACAAGAUGAGCAACCUUGGAUGGGGUAAUGUUGUGAUCAGUCACUUCGAAGACGGCUUCCCGGAGGACUGGCUGGACGUCGUCUGCGAGGAUAUUGAGCAUCGACAAGCGCUGCGGGAGCGGUCAGCCAGUCGGGCUGAGGCCGCCGCGACCGCAGCAUCCAGCAACAGGCAUGCAGCCAAGAGGAAGCGCACCUCGGGUCCCACUACAUCCGCCUCUUCUUCGCGCAAGUCUGGGCCCAGUCGUGCAGGUGCAGAAGCAUCGCUACAGCCGGAGGUCUCAGGGUCUUUCGGCGACGACAGUGCAAACACACCAAAUGCCACAUCUGAGCCCAAAGUGAAGCGCAAGCGAGGUCGACCUUCGAAGGCGGAGUCAGAAAUCAUCAGGCAAGAGCGGGAGCAAGUGGCAGCGGAGAAAGAAGCUCGCAGAGCGGAAGUUGUUGCACGCAAAUCUGAGAAUGGCCGAGUUGUUGCAAGGAAAUCUGAGAAUGGCCGAGCUGCGCAAGCGGCAGCUCAGAGCUCACCAAAGAGAGACGUGCCCAGUAGAAAGCUUACAGCUGCUCAGAAAGCAACGAUGCUUGCUGAUGCAAAUGUGCCUCGUCGCAACUCAACGUCACCUCGCAAAGGAGGGCGUGAUUCCGGCACAGCCUCUCGUGCUGUAGAUGAUGCUGAGGACGCUUCAGCGAGCACAAAUCAGGAUGCGUCUCAUCAGCCGCCAAGGCCGCCCCACGGGGCUGCUGCAAGUCUCGUCGACGCGGAGCUGGAAUCAUUUACAAAUGCUGCCGCCGCGCCUGCCAACGACCUUCUUGUGGUCGCGGACCCGGACGACAGCCUGUUGCGCGCUGCUCCCUUGGCUGCGCGCAGAAAGAGCGGAUCCAACAAGCGUCGACUCCGCGAUUCUGACGAAGAGCUGGCUGAAGGCGUUGACGAGAACGCCGAGGACAUUUCGAAACCAUCACGAUCCACAAGCACAGCGAGUCCACACAAGGGCCGCGCUGGACGUUCCAGCGCAACGAGCACACCUCGUCUUAUGGAACAGAAGGCGCCGCUCACACCUGCGCAGGUCAAAGCGCUGCCGCGCGAGAUGCAGAAUCUUGGACGAUCACCAUUCGGGGUACUUGGUGUUGUCAAACGAGCGCUUCUGGAGACUUCGAGUGGCCAAGGCCCUCUUGAGCGCGCAUCAAAUGUCACCGGCAAAUCUAUCGAUAGCUCUCGCAGAGCGAGUGUCGGGGACGCGAUCGAGCCGGACGACCAUGAGAAGAAAGCUACAAGACCUGUACGCGCCCGCGCCUCAGCUGGGAUUGGCAAGUGGUGGGAGAUCACGCCUGCUCCAGUGCGUCCGGCAGAGCGGAAGAUCGCGCCACUGCGGAGCGUUCAGAGCGUGCCAAAUCUAGCGACUCUGCCUACCGAAAGCCCCAAGAUCACCCAAAACAAGCCAUCGCCAAGAAAAGCAAGUGCGCCGGUUUCACCUGCGCGAAGAGCGGGACCCAAGGGGGUCACAGCGAGAGCACCACUGAUCGGCAAGGAACGCCGCCCCCCUUCGUCCGACGAGGAGGAGUCUUCACCCGACACGGCGUCAGACUAUGACGGCGAUUUUGACCAGAAUCGACCGCCUUCACGCAGACGCCUGCCCACUGUGACCGUAGCCCGCCGAUCUGCACCGCACGAGAGCAAGAAGCCCAUGCGUCCAAAAGCAAGUAGCAGCGGACGCCGUCGAUCUUCUGAGGGAGCGGGCAGGGCGAAAAAACAGCCUUCCGCUUCUAAGCGCCCCUCGCCUCGCAAGCAAGCGCGUGCGAGUGCGCCGGGAAGAAUUGGCAUCCAGAACGCUGAAGGCGGUGAGGUAGAGGGUGAUUUGUCGUCGGACGACGAAUUUGAGCAGUCUAUGCAUGAUCCAUCGAUCGAGUCAGCAGCCCAAAAGCCCAAGGAAGCUCGCAAGGCAGUUACGGAGACAUUCUUGGAUCGCCAGAAUCGGGCCUGUAAAGACUUCGACUCGGACAGCAUGCACUCAGAUCUUCGGUUGAUAGAUCGUGAUUCGAAUUAUCGCGGCUUCAUCAACCAUGAGGCUCCAACUCUGUUGCCGCUGCAACAUCUUGGGCUGAAGCGAAAGCCUAAUUCACGGGCGAAAAGCCCUGCGCAGCCCUCGCAUCCAGCCAAGUGCUGUGACAUGGCCCACGCCAUCACUCUGGACGACUUGCGAGAUGCAUCUCAAACCGGGAACAGUGCUUCAUCCACCGAUUUGCCGUCCUCAUCUUGCCUUCCCCGCUCGAGGGAGGGAGCGAUAGAUGCGCUCACACCAGAGAGACCUCGAAGACGUGGCAGAAGGAGGCGGAGCUCGGAGCAACCGGAUGCUACGAUACACUGGUGGGAGCGCGCCAGCGACGCUGACAAAGAUGGAGACGAAGGCGGCUCACAGAAGGGUGUCCAAGACUUGUCAAGGUCAGAACAGGACUCACGCGCGCAGACCAGUGCCUCCCUCGCUGUCGGUCCAGGACAAGUGCCUUUUCACUCUGAGCCGGCCCAGCGACCUCAGCUUCAACUCAGGACCAGCUCAUAUGGCGCCAGCAAGGAGCUUCAAAUGCCUUCGCAGGAGAUUGCACAGCCGGAAGACGACUUCGAGCCAAAUAGCCCCCCCGGGGCUCGAUCCCCAGCAGCGGACUUCCUCUCCGCUUUCGCCAGCUUGCACAGCGUAGUGGAUGCCAGCAUAAGCAGCGAUUCCAGCUGGUCCCUAAACCGAGCCAGAUCGCUGUCGCCAUCUCCAUUUCCAUCCUCAAAUCCACAAGUUAUACAGCAAGCGAUCAGCGACGCCGCUUUAGAGGUGCAGGACACGCCGCACGCUUCCUCUUUGCCCAACGCUGUCCCACCGAUGCCUAUGCCUCUUGGUCUAGCGUCGGCUGCAGCUGCUUUGUACGGAAGCCAGGAUGAUUCACAGCCCGCUGAGGCUGGCAUUGCGUCCAGAUACCCAAAGAACAAUGCUCGUUUACCGUCAUCCUUGCCCUCUCUUCCACCGCGGAGCCUCGCGCGGGACGACGAAGGCGCACUCAUCUGUGGAGGCCGCUUUCAACUCGGGCGCACCCUUGGCUUCGGCGGUUCCAGCACAGUCAGAGAAGCCUUGGAUCGAGGCGGCCCUCAACACGAAACGGCAUCUGCGCAUCAAGCAGCUCGCGUCGCGGUGAAGAUCGUUCAAUUGGAGGCUCACGAGGAAGAGGCCGAAGCUGAGGCCGGUUUGUGGUCCUCUUUGCCGAGCCAUGCACAUUUGCUUCCCCUCCUUGAGCGAGAGGUCGUUGAGCCUUCAUCCGCCUCAGACAAGCGGCUGCUGUUUCUAGUAAUGCCGCUUGCGGAUGCCGGAAGCUUGUUGAAUUUCGUCCGUGCCGAGGGCGGCUUGUCAGUCUCGAUCGACGAGGCAGGUUUAAAUGGCGUUGUUAAUUCCUCCAACUUACGAAGCCCGCAUGGUCCUCAUCACGCAAGGCCCCAAAGCACGUACACGAUCAACCGCUCUCCUUUGUCUAGCACAAGCAGCCGGACAGGGAGCGGAUUUUUGCCUGGUCGCACUGGAGGAGCUGCACGGAUCAUGUCAGAUGGCAACGGAGUUGCAAUCAGCCCCAAUGGGCCGAGCAGCUUGACGGGUCCGCGCUACAGCGGUCAGUCUCCCGGAGGACUGGGAGCGUCAGGAGGCCUCCUUCGACGCGCUUCAAGCCGAGCUGCACCCAAAUCACGAGGCAUUCCUCUUGCCAUCGCGCGCGACGUGAUGGCCCAGUUGUGCGCAGGUUUGCGAGUGCUGCAGUCUCUUCACAUUCGGCAUGGCGAUCUCAAACUCGAAAACGUGCUUGGUCAGCAUGCGCCAAAUGGCAGGGGAGGAGACGGGAGGCGAUUGAUCUGGCGUCUGGCAGACUUUGGGCUAUCUUGCGUCGUUCGGGAACAUCAGGGAGCGAGCGAUGCGCAUGGAGUAGCCAGCCUCGAUACACGCGAGUCGCGAGCAAAGCUCUCGGCAGCUCAUCCAACUCGGGCGAAGGGAGCAAGCGAGAGCGCCAUCCUGACGAAUAACCAUGCAGCUGUCUCCAUUCCUCGUGGCGGCUCUCUGGCUUAUGCGGCGCCGGAAGCACUGCGCACCGCCACGGAGCAGUCCCAGCUGCUGCACAAAGCUUCGCCUUUUGCUACAGAUCACUGGGCUCUGGGAUGCAUCUUCUAUGCGCUCUUGGCCGGCCGGCUUCCUUUCACCGACUCAUUCGAGCCCCGGCUACAGCUGAAAAUUACACGUGGAGCAUGGUCUAUGCCCAAUCGUCUUGCGCGCCGCAACCCUCGUAGGAGUCGGACAUCCAGUAUGAGUGUCAGGGGAGGCAGCGCGGAUGCUCAGUUUAGCAGAUUGGCAAGCGCAGUGCAACCGAGCACUAGCGUGCAAAGCUUCACCAGUGACAUGUUUUCGGGGCCAGCCGGGCAUCAACUGCCAAGCCAGAGUUUAGGCGCAGCAUUCGACAUGAGCGCAAGCUUACCAGCCUUGCCGGCCGGCGCUAUUGACUGGUCAUCGAAGGUCUCUCCGGCUCAGCGUUCCACCUUUGGAGAUGAUGAAGAUGCCAGUGACACGGAUGACGAGGCCGCAGAGGUGGACAAGGCAACGAGAUUGUGGGACGGCACGCGACUUGAAAGGAGCGCGGCAAGAGAGCUUCUCAGGGGUCUCUUGGAGCCAGAUGCGGGACUGAGGUGGAACUUGUCAGAUGUCGAGCAAUGUGCGUUCUUGCAGCAAGGUGGAAAGGGUGCACCUCAACCAAAUCUGCUGGACGAUCAAGAUCCUAGGACCCACCCAGACACUCUGAUCACCUCAAACGCGCCCCACGACGCCCCACCAGCUCAGUCAGACGACCAGAACGCUGCUAGGACACUUUCGUUCGAAAGAAGGCCUCCAUCGCAGGAACGUUCACAAGGUCGAGACUCAAGCCUGAGCCGAUCGCGGCCGGCUCGCCUUAGCUCAGGUCCUCAUGAUGCGGUAGGAGCAGAGCGAACUCCGACAGGGCCACCCGUGCUGGCCAGCCAGACGGAAUUCCUUGACGUCUCACUGCCCAACGGUCAGGCCCUCGAGCACGCUCAGAGGGGCAGACAGCACAGGCGAAUGGCAGAUGUGCUUGAGAAUGUUCGCUCGGAUCAUUCCCUCACAACCUCGAGUAGCGAACGACCCGUUCUUCUAAACUCCGCCGCGCAGAGCUGCAGCCGCAGUCGCAGUCGAAGUCGUUCUAGGGCAGGCUGGGAACCAGGAAAGGCGUCUCAGUCAGGGCCUCCUGCGAAAGACGAUGCAUCCUCGGGAGCAGGAUGCGACCAGGAGAUAUUGUGGCAGUCACAAGCCCCUCGUCGGCCUGGACUGCAGGCUCGUGCGUCCUCUGCCGAACUGCUAUCUCACGUGCCAGCAGAGGAUGGCCCUGCGAUGCAGCGACGGCCCUCGCGAAGCGUCAGUCGCUCCAGAAAUUCACAGAAGAGUGAUGCAGGCGUCAGCUCAGAGAGGCGCUCAGUUGGACGAAGCAACACAAGUCGGAGCCGCAGCCGAGCUCCGGAUGCUUUGGUUAGUCUGCUGAGAAACUCUCAGCAGAAUGAGGAGAGCGGAGGAAGAACACGUGGUGCGCGCUCUUCGACAACGUCGUCUAAUUUCUCAGCGCACGGAUCGUCUUCGUCAUCGAGUCCUGGGCCGCGAGAGCAUGUGCGCAGCCCACACUCUCUCCAGCAUGCGACUGGAGCAACUAUUUAUCGCGAAGACUCAAGUCGGGCUCUACGUGAUGAAGCACCCCUUUCUCAGCACGAAGAGGAGCACGCUCACUGGUGGCAGCGUGGGAGAACGCGGGAUUCGAGACGGCAUGCCCAGGCUACUCCUGACACUGCGGUUGAUGACGGUACCAAAAGUUCGAGGUGGCCUUGGCAUUGAACUUCGAUCUUUCAAAAGGCUCUGCGUGUCUUCCUGCCUUUUUGUAACUGCGAGGACCCCAACGCGUACCACGCAUGCUUAUCACCAGCAAGCGUCUUGCCGGCGCGUUCAUACACCUGCCCCUACUGUACUUGUACCUGUAAUCUCCACGAAUCUCGCCCCAAUACGCCCACGUCUGACCAAU